AUGCAUUCAAAUUCGAUAUCCGACCGUUUUUUUGUUGCCGUGGACGAGUUUUCAUGGUCCGACGAUUUACGCGGCGUAUUGUUGCAGGAAGACCAUCGACCACUGUUUACGAUCGCUGUAUUGGUGUCAGGGGUGGUCGGCGGACUGGCCGUCGUCAUUGCUGUCGUCUAUCUCUAUCGCUUCUGUCUCAAGAAACGACCACCGGUCACAACGUGA